CCGGUAGUGGCUCUCAACGGUCUGACAGUUUCUUAAGAAAAAUCGAUCAUUCAAGGUAAAUUCGAGUAAAUAUUCAAAAAAUCAUUGGUUUACAAUUGAUUUCAACUCUUCAAUUCGUGUUUAACAGAUUCAAAUCAACGAUAAUAUCCAAUUAUAUCAUUUGUGUCUGAAAAAUGCCAAAAUAAUUUACCUACGGAUGCCUACGUAUCCGUGAAGUCGGACUAAUGGACACAUCCUGAUCUUGAUGAAAAUUUUCGAAAAUGGGAAUGAAAACUUUAUUAGUGCUAGUGCUAGUGCCAAAACUUAGGAAUACGCUACACGCCAAGAAAAGAAGUAUUUCGUCAGUUUCCCAGUUCUCCCUGACUUUGGCAAUGGCCAUAACAAAAAUAAACAAACAAUCCGGGCCUCCCACUUCCAUUUGAACAAUCCGUGAGUGGUGGUAUGGUUCGAGAAGCUUAUUUAAUAGGUAUCACCGGAGAAAAUCGCGAGUUAAUCGUAUGCGCGCUUUCUACUCGUGCUCACCCAUCACGUUAUCAUCACCGGUGACCUAAAAAUCUUCUCGAAACCAUGGCUCAUUGGCCCGAAGACGUCGGCAUAUUGGCCAUCGAGCUCAUAGUGCCAUCGGUGUACGUGGACCAAACGGAACUGGAGGCCUACGAUGGCGUCUCCGCUGGAAAGUACACCAUCGGCCUGGGGCAACAGAAAAUGGGCUUCUGCUCCAACAGAGAAGACAUCAACUCGCUUUGCCUCACGGUGGUGCAGAAGCUGAUGGAAAGGCACAACAUCCAGCCCAGCGAAAUCGGCAGACUAGAAGUCGGCACAGAAACCAUCAUUGACAAGUCCAAGAGCGUGAAAACAGUCCUAAUGCAGUUAUUUGAACCCCAUGGAGUAACAGACAUUGAAGGAGUAGAUUCCACUAAUGCUUGCUAUGGAGGAACUGCUGCUCUUCUCAACUCUAUUGCCUGGAUAGAAUCUUCCUCAUGGAAUGGCAGAUUUGCUCUGGUAGUAGCUGCAGACAUUGCUGUGUAUGCCAAAGGAGGUGCUAGGCCUACAGGGGGUGCUGGGGCUGUGGCAAUGCUGAUAGGCCCCAAUGCCCCCUUGGUGUUUGACAGGGGCACUAGGGCUUCUUAUGUGAAGCAUGCCUAUGAUUUUUACAAGCCUGAUUUGACUUCAGAAUACCCUGUGGUGGAUGGUAAGCUGUCCAUUCAAUGUUACCUUGGAGCCCUGGAUAAUACCUAUCAGUUGUACAAAAAGAAUGUGGCUAAGAGGGAGGGUGGUGAGAUUAGUUUGCAAGAUUUUGAUGGGGUGCUGUUCCAUUCUCCUUACUGCAAGUUGGUGCAGAAGUCUCUGGCUAGGCUGGCUUUGAAUGAUUUUGUUCAAGCUAGUAGUGAGGAUAGGAGCAAGAAGUUUCCUGGUUUAGAAAAGUUUGAGAAUGUCAGUUUGGAAAACUCUUACUUUGAUAGGGAGGUUGAACAAGCUUUUGUUGCCCUUAGCAAAGAAGACUUCAAGACAAAGACUACUCCUUCCCUGUUGGUGGCUAGUCAAGUUGGUAAUAUGUACACUGCUUCCUUGUAUGGGGGUUUGGUGUCUUAUUUAGUUAGUAAAGACAUCACUGAGCUAGUAGGAAAUAAGAUUAUGUUGUAUUCAUAUGGGUCAGGUUUGGCAGCUUCCAUAUUUUCUAUGACCUUUGCCUCAAAAAUCGACGAGAGAUUCAGAAAUUUAAUUUCCAAUCUGAGCCAUGUGAAAGGGAUGUUACAGCAGAGGCAAAAAGUUGAUCCUAAGAUUUUCGAGGAUACUUUGCAGAUUAGGCAUGAUACUUGCCAUAGUGCACCCUUUGAGCCCAAUAGUAGGGUGGACGACUUUUUCCCUGGUACUUAUUACUUGGUUAAAAUUGAUGAUAAACAUAGGAGGUUUUAUGAGAGGAUGCCUGUAGCAAGGAAUGGACAUGCAUAGGACUUAGUUUUGCAAUUGUAGUUGAUUCUUACAGGGAACAAGUACUUCUUGGUAUCUUCUUGAUAGAAUGAAUGUAUUCUGUUCAAGUGCCUAUGAUGUGAAUGAAAGAAUUUCACUCUGCAAUAUUGGGAAAGUAUCUAGUGGAAGCUUUCUUUGUGUGGUGGACAUGUUUUAACUUGAUUACCAUCUGAUUUUAUUUAUUAGAAAUUGAUUUUAGUGGGCUUUAUUAUUUAUUUAGAUAAUUUAUUGAAGCUUUCUAGGUAUACCCGGUGAUUAUCACUUCUUUGUAUAAAAGAAGUUUUUACCUAGUUGGUGAAUAAGAAAUUCUGAGGGAAUUUCAAAGAAAAUUUAUGUUUUUACCUGGGUACUUUCUAAUAUGAAAUGUUUGUGAACUUCAUGAUGUUGAUUCUUAUAUAUUUUAUUCAUUAUGUAUAUUUGUGAAAAUUUAUUAUGACUGUUCAAUUAAAAAAUUUAAUGAU